GGAGGGGAAUUGCCAUCUAGCAGGUCACAACCGUACUUGGAUCACCAUGGAUCCUAUCAAUUGCUCAGCCGUGGAUCUCUCUGAUGUUCUGGCCAGCAGGAUGAGUCCCAGUAAGAUCCUCCUCUCCCUGACUCUCUCUAUUCUGGCUGUGGCAACCACCGCCAUCAACUCCAUGGUCAUCACUGCUAUUCUGAUCACCCGCAAACUCCACCAACCCGCCAACUACCUCAUCUGCUCUUUAGCUGUGACAGACCUCCUAGUAGCUGUUCUAGUGAUGCCUGUCAGCAUUGUGUACAUCGCAAAAGAGACAUGGGUUCUCGGUCCGAUCGUGUGUCACCUGUGGUUGGGUGUGGAUGUUACGUGCUGCACCUGCUCAAUUUUACACUUAGCCGCCAUUGCGCUUGAUCGAUACCGCGCCAUUACCGAUGCUGUGGCCUAUUCCCAGAAACGCACGUAUAAAAGAGCAAUCAUAACCAUUUUUGCCCUGUGGACACUGUCUGUGCUGGUGUCUCUACCACCUUUAGUGUGGAGGAAAUUCCCUGUAGAACACAAAGAUAGGGAGAGAGAAGUUAUGGACUGCUUGAUCGAGCACGAUCACGUGGCUUUCACUGUCUACUCCACUUUCGGAGCAUUCUAUAUUCCACUGACCCUCAUUUUGAUUCUUUACUACAAGAUCUACAAGGCUGCGGAGACACUGCGUAACCGUCGAGGGAGCAGCCGAUUAGUCAAACAGACAGUGAGCAACGUCAUGCUUCCUGGACUGAGCUCUGAUAAAGACAUCGCCCUCAGUCCCGACACACUCUGCCCAGUCGAGAAGUCAUUUUCCGAUCCAUCGACAGAUGGGGAAAGGGUGCGUAUUACUUCUUCAUCAGGUGAUCUCAUCAAGGUCCGCAGGAACCCAGGGGCCAGGGAGAGACGGGCGGCUUUGACGUUAGGACUAAUCCUGGGAGCCUUCGUGAUUUGUUGGUUACCGUUCUUCCUGAAGGAGGUGAUUGUGAAUAUUUGCCCGACCUGCAGCACUUCCGAUGUGCUCGCAGAUUUCCUCACCUGGCUUGGGUACCUCAAUUCCCUCAUCAAUCCACUAAUAUAUACCAUCUUUAACGAGGACUUUAAGAAAGCGUUUAAAAGACUUCUGCCCCUCUGCUGCAGCAAUAUCUGGUGA